CUUCCUAUCAUACCUUCAAUAAUUCAUAUCCUCUUUCAAUAUUCUUAAUCUACCUACUUUGAAAAAUUUUUAAUUACGAAGACGGCCCAGUGGAAACCUUUGACGCAGUUUUUUUUUUUUUAAUCUUUGCAAAGGUUUCCACUUUGCACGACGCCUGUAUUUUUCCGACUAUACACAACCAGGUCUGUUUCGGUUAUCUUUUUAGUUUUACCAUCUCAGUCAUCACCACAACUCCAUCAGUUUUAUCCUCUCAACAUUUUAGGCGGCAUACUUUGAUUUAUCGUUUUGAAUUUGCUUGAUUUGUAAUCCAUGAAAUUUAAGGUCAUGGCAAUUGGCAAUACAAAUUAGUUAAUGAACUGAAAUAUGAAUGUUUAUUGUUCUUUGUUCAUCAAGCACACUUAGCGCUAAACUUUUGUCAAUGUUAUGAUUCUUGGCGGUCCUUUGUUCGCAUGAUGUAAUACAUGCCACAGACCGAUUUGGCCCAUUAGCUUGAUGGUAUUUUAACUUCUCAUUGGAAACCUUACCUAUAACAGGAUUGAAAAUAUCUUAACCCUCCUGUGUAUUGGCUUGUAAAAGAUGAAAUACAGUUAAAAAUGUAAAAAUUUCCAUUGUAUAACGCCUAAUGGUUAAAAAAGAACUUAUAUCCUCAUAAACAAUUUCCGCACAAUCAUCCUUUCAAUAUUAUCCUUAAGAUUUGCAUAUCACAUUAUCAACUACACUCCUUCCUAAAGUACUUGUCUAAUUAAAAAGUAUAAGUAGACUAUUACUCCAUUAGCAAACAGAUGUAAUAAUCAUGCGGUUAAGUUUAUGCAAGUAUGUGACAUAAUUUAUUUGCUUGACUGGCUGUGAAUGUGUACUAAAUAGUAACUAAUGCGGAUUACUGUGAUUUGCACCAGUUCAUUUACAAAUGCGUACUACAUUGUUCUUUAUCAGUGUAAUGGCCAGUGUUUGUAGAAGAAAAACCACAUCAGGUGCAGGAAAUGACUACAUAAGUCAACUACCUGCAGAGCUGAAGGAAUCAAUUCUAGAGUUGCUGAGCACACGUGAAGCUGCCAAAAUGGCUAUGCUUUCAACUCACUGGAAGGAUGUCUGGUAUGCUCACGGCCAUCUGGUUUUUGAUUAUGACUUCUUCUCAUAUUUUCCACCAGUCGGUUUUGAAGAUGAACCCGGAGAUUAUAUGGAAAUAAUAAAUCGAUGCCUCAUGCUCCGGAUGGGAUCCGUUAAGAAAUUUACACUGGGACUUUCAGAGGGUGAGCAGCAGCGUCUCUAUGUAUUUAUUCCUCUGCCACUACCAGCUUAUAUAAAUCGUUGGUGUACUUUUCUAUCGAGAAAUGGCAUUGAGGAACUUCGCAUCUCUGUUGAUAACUGCAGCCGAACAUAUAAACUCCAAGAUUGUAUAAUCACUUGCCCUACAAUUAAACAACUCCUACUUGGUGGGUUUGUUUUUGGCUUCCCUGCUAAUUCACAUAGUGUGUUUCCUGGCGUCACUUCAUUGGUUUUUGAGUAUAUUGAAUUUCAGCCUGAUCUCACUGGAACAGUCUAUAAUGUCCCUAAUCUUGAGAAGCUCUCUUUUGAAAACUGUGCUGGGAUUGAUAAUUUUGUGAUUAACGCGCCAAAGCUUAAGUGCUUGACUACUAACUAUAAUUAUGAAAAUCUGACUGAUUCCAGAUGGUUUGUGCUUCAUUUUACAGUAAUCAGUACUCUUCAUUUGCAAGCAGAUUUGUUGUGGCAUAUGCCUGAUGCAGUAGCUGCAGUGACAUUCCCAAGUGCAACAAAUCUAGAAGUGUUUGUGAUCAAUAAUGUCGAUUUUAUUUAUACAAAGCACUUCACUUUUGUUAUUGAAUUGAUUCAGAAAUGUCCAAAGCUAUGUGAACUUCGUAUUGAGACAGGGAAUUAUUACGGUCAAGGAGAUUAUGAAGAAGAAGAUGCUUCCAGAAUUUUGGAGUAUCCCUACAGCUUUGUUAUUAAAAAGGAACUGCAAUUGCUUAAAACGGUGAAGAUGAGUGUAUUUCAUGGAUACAGACUGGAAGUGCUAUUUGUGAAAUCAAUCCUUUUAAACUCACCUGCCCUUGAGGAACUUGUUAUCACGAAAGCACCCCACGGUCAGGGGGCUUUGGAAAUCCCAGAGGAAAUUAUGUGCUCUCCUCGUUCAUCCCCAAAAGCCCAAGUUCUCUUCCUGGAGUACAAGUAUUAGUCAUAACUCUGUCUGCCGUGUAGGUUUUCCAUAUGUAGUAUAUACUCCCUCCGUCCCAAUUUAAAACGUCCUGUUUGACUUUCAUCCUCAAAAUGACACUUUUUGGAUACCGUUUGACAUUGUUUUGCACUAUUUGACUUCCAUUUUAUAAGUUUUUAUUAUAAAAUGACCCUGAGAGGCUGAGACUCUUAAUUUACUCUUCU